UAAGGCCGCCUGAACCCUGAAGGGUCAGACUAACUAGUCUAUCUAGUGUACGUGGCUACAAGGAGUGAAGAGUCCGAUGGAAAGCUCCAUGAUAGCUUGUACCAUCUGCUGGUUGCCUCGAUAACUAGAUCGUGCGGUAUUACCUUGCAUUGGGCCCAGGGGCAACUACCGUCUCCUUUCAGCAUCGACUACUAUCUAUCUACGAGACAUACUCAUUGUUACUUACGGCGGGUCCUGUCGAAUUUCCUUCUCCGGCUAGAAAGAUAUCUAGGAAGAUGUCCGACUCCACAGAAAAGGAUAAGAUGCUCCGUGGAGAACUGUUCCAUGCCUUUACCCCGGAGCUAGUAGCCGCACGGGCACGCUGCAAACAUGCCUGUACCAGGUACAACAAUGCAGGCGAUGUUCCACGCCGACGGUUGGUCGAGCUUUGGAGAGACAUCGUGGAGGAUAAGACGCCUCUUCCUGAGCCAGUAGCCGAUCCGGUCCAGGACGAACUACAGUUUCAACAUGAGCCUUGGGUUGAACCACCGAUCCGUAUCGACUAUGGAUUCAAUGUGAAGCUGGGACAGGGCGUUUUUAUCAAUUUCAACUGCGUCAUCAUCGACACAUGCCUAGUCACAAUUGGCUCCCGGACUAUGUUUGGUCCCAAUGUCAGUCUCUUCAGCGGUACGCAUCCGCUCGAUCCUGCACUGAGAAAUGGUACAGAGGGUCCAGAGUUAGGCAAAGAGAUUCAUAUUGGUGAAGAUUGCUGGAUUGGAGGCAAUGUUAUCAUCUUGCCGGGGGUUACUAUAGGCAAAGGAGCCACCAUCGGUGCAGGAAGUGUGGUAACGAAGGUGGGAUAAGACGACAACCGAAGAUUUCAGUGACAUCGCUGACAAAUGCUCUUCACAGAAUGUGCCUGCUUUCCAUCUUGCCGUUGGCAACCCGGCAAGGGUCAUCAGGAAAAUCGAGACUUCUAUGACUGACUGAUCAGCACGUGGCCACUAGGAGUCAUCAUAUUCUUUCUAGAUGUAUGAGAUGGAUAAACUGAAUCGCAAUCAGCAGCACUUCUAGAGAAACCGUUUAGUUGAC